CAGCACAGAUAAAUGGCGGCGAUCAACAAUUGUUAAAUGGAUACUGUUGAAUAAGCACGUGUCAGACGUUGCAGUGUUUGCACUUGAAUUUUAAGUGAUUAUUACUGUCCUGUGUGGUAAUUGGCAAUCUGUAGUAUUACUUUACUGCAGCCUGUCAUGUCUAGUGCAGUUUGGCACAAAUUGUCAACACGGAAAUAUAUAUUACCAGUCUUAGGUGGUAUCAAAUCAAGUCUUGUCUGUAGCCUGAAAUCCAAACACAAUCAGCCUCAACAUAUUAUCAGUAUGAAUCAAGCGUUUUUGCGAUACGAGUCAGGCAGUGAGACUUUUGAAAUGAAUUUCCGUUAUGUCAAUGCUGAGUUGAAUAUAGACAGACAGUUCAAUUUAACAAGAAAGUGCAAUGAGACUAUUUCCAACUUCCUGAAAAGAAUUGAAACAAAUAUGGAGAAGUCACUGAUUAAGAAGAAGAAAAAGAGCCGAAGAAAAAAUAAUCUGAAGGAUACUAAUGAAAUGGGUGUAGAGUCAAGUAACGGAGAGGAUAAAGUUAUUUUACUUAAGAAUAAUGAAAGAGUCAAUGGAAAUACACUAUGCGAAACGUUACUCAAUCAUUCUUCGUCGUUGCAACUUAUUAUAAUGGGAAUUCCAUAUGAAAUAAGCUUUAAUGCUCCAUGGGUUUUACAUAUGGCUUUACCUGCCUGUAUUCUAGCUGGAUUUCCUACAUAUCCUUCAAAAUUUGAGGCUUUGCAUACAGAUAGAUUACAUUCAGUGUUUAAUUGGUACAAAAAUAUGAAGAAUGGGAACUCUAAACAAGAAACUGAAUCUUGGGAGGAAGUGGGCCAAGGGUAUUUUUAUACACCUAGUUCUGAGGAUAUUGGCUGUCGACUUAAAUUAAGCUGCUUACCCAAAAAUUCUAAAUCAAUUGGACCAGCUGUUGAAGUGGAGUCUCAUGCUAGUAUCAGUGCUGGUCCAGGUCAUUGUCCAUUUGAAACACGGCACUUAUUUACCUCCAAUAAAUUAUCUGGCAAAAGUUUCAGAAUUACAUCCUACAAUAUAUUAGCAGAUACUUACACUGAUUCGGAUUACUCUAGAGAAGUAUUAUUUCCUUAUUGUCCACCAUAUGCCUUAGAUAUGGAUUAUAGAAAACAAUUAAUAAUGAAGGAAUUAAUGGGAUAUAAUGCCGACAUAAUUUGUUUGCAAGAAGUAGAUAAUAAGGUAUACGACGUAGAUCUAUAUCCUACAUUAUCAUCUUUGAACUACAAUGGUGUGUACAAUCGUAAAGGAGCUGGCGUUACCGAGGGAUUAUCGACAUUUUACAAUGAUGAAAGAUUUGAAAAGCUAAAUUUCGAAUUCACUGUUAUUGGUGAGAACUUGCACCUAAAAGACUUUGCGUCCGUGUGGAAUACAAUUACAAACGAAAAAAUGAAGGAGCGGUUCUCAGAAAGAAAUACUACUGUACAGAUAACUACUUUGAAGUCCAAAGAAGAUCCUACGAAAAUACUUCUUGUAGGCAACACUCAUCUAUACUUCCAUCCAAAUGCCGAUCAUAUUAGAUUAUUACAAGGGUAUUAUGCCUUAAGCUACGCUCACGAAGUAGCUAAAAGGACACAAGAGCAGAAUCCCGAUUGUAAUGUAAGUAUUUUACUGUGCGGCGACUUCAACAGUGUUCCUGAAUGCGGGAUAUAUCAGUUAAUGACAAAAAGAUAUGUACCGAAUGACUGUAAGGACUGGAGCAGUUGUCCUGAAGAGAUUGUCGAGAAUGUUUCUCUUUCCCAUAGCCUGUCAUUUGACAGUGCUUGCGGCACACCGGAAUAUACGAAUUAUACAGCCGAAUUUGCUGACUGUUUGGAUUAUAUUUUUUAUCAGACAGAUAAUUUAAAAGUUUCACAAGUAAUACCGAUGCCAAGUAACGAAGAACUAAAACUACAUACCGCCUUACCGUCUGUAGUAUUUCCAAGCGACCAUAUAUCAUUGUGCGUCGAUUUAGAAUGGAUCAAAUAAAACUGAGGUACUUGAUCUUAUCGCAUAUAGGCGAUAAUUCCAAAUUAUGUAAAUAACCCUUGUUGAAUAAAAGAAUGAAUGACGUCUGA